GAAAAAAGUAAAAAAAUGUCAGCCAAUUUAAAAUACCUUUCCUUGGGCAUCCUGGUUUUUCAGACCACAAGUUUAGUCUUGACCAUGCGUUAUUCUCGGACGCUGAAAGAAGAAGGACCUCGUUACUUGUCCUCUACUGCAGUAGUUAUUGCUGAACUUCUGAAGAUUUUGGCCUGUGUUCUGUUGGUCUACAGAGACAGCAAGUGCAAUUUACGGACUCUGAACAGAGUGCUACAUGAUGAAAUCCUUAAUAAACCCAUGGAAACUCUUAAACUUGCUAUUCCUUCAGGAAUUUAUACUCUUCAGAAUAACUUGCUGUAUGUAGCAUUGUCAAACCUAGAUGCAGCCACGUACCAGGUUACAUACCAACUGAAAAUUCUCACCACAGCAUUGUUUUCUGUGUCCAUGUUGAGCAAGAAACUGGGCGUAUACCAGUGGCUUUCAUUAGUAAUAUUGAUGACAGGCGUGGCACUUGUGCAGUGGCCUUCGGACUCUCAAGCAACAGCUGCUAAGGAACAUUCAGCGGGAUCUCAGUUCGUAGGCCUGAUCGCAGUUCUCAUAGCAUGCUUUUCCAGCGGAUUUGCUGGGGUUUAUUUUGAGAAAAUUUUAAAGGAAACUAAGCAGUCUGUGUGGAUCAGAAACAUUCAGCUUGGAUUUUUUGGUAGCAUAUUUGGACUGAUGGGUGUAUACAUUUAUGAUGGAGAGCAACUAUCAAAGAAUGGAUUUUUUCAAGGAUACAAUAAACUUACUUGGAUAGUUGUUGUUUUACAGGCACUUGGAGGGCUGGUGAUCGCUGCCGUUAUAAAAUAUGCAGACAACAUUUUAAAGGGAUUUGCAACUUCUCUCUCUAUUAUACUGUCAACAUUGAUCUCCUAUUUCUGGCUGCAAGAUUUUGUCCCUACAAG